AUGUCGUUUACAUUCUCGGUGUUCACUUAUAUUGUGGCCAUGAUAUCAGAUGCAUUUUUAAUAUUUUUUUCGAUAUUCCAUGUUAUUGCAUUUGAUGAACUUAAAACUGAUAGCAAAAAUCCUAUAGAUCAAUGUAACAGUCUAAAUCCAUUAGUGAUUCCUGAGUAUUUGAUACACUUUUUCUUCAAUCUUUUAUUUUUGUUUGGAGGCCAGUGGAUAUCAUUUGCUAUUAAUAUACCAUUAAUGGCUUAUCAUAUUAAAAGAUAUCAAAGUAGACCAGUUAUGUCUGGUUUUGGUCUUUAUGAUCCUACAAGUAUUAUGAAUGCUGACAAAUUGUAUAAAUAUCAGCGCGAGGGUUGGAUAAAAUUAUCAUUUUAUCUGUUUUCAUUUUUCUAUUACUUAUAUGGUAUGAUACGAGCGUUGAUAACAGUAUAA